GUGGAGUAAAUUGAAGAUUUGGGAUAGAAGCCAGAUUAGGCUGCUAUUGGGUAAAGGGUUUCUAAAGGACUUCUCUCUCUCUCUCUAGUUUCUCUCUGUCUCAUGGCUUCAGCAGAGCAGAAAGUGAAGGUGGUUGAACAUUGUGAAAUCUCUCCACCACCAGGCUCAGUUCCUCCAACCUCUCUUCCCCUCACCUUCUUUGACAUACCAUGGCUUCUCUUCUCUCCAAGCCAACCCCUCUUCUUCUAUGAACUCCCCCACGUAUCCACCACCCACUUCACCACCAUCAUCCUCCCCAACCUCAAACACUCUCUCUCCCUCACCCUCCAACGCUUCUUUCCUCUCGCCGGAAACCUGACUACACCAUUACACCCCACCAAGCCCCACCUCGUUUACACAGAAGGCGACUCCAUCUCCUUAACCGUCGCCGAGUCCACCGGAGACUACUUCAACCAUCUCACAGGCCACUACCCGCGACACGUCCGAGACUUCCACCACCUUGUCCCUCAGCUAGAACCACCAACUGUGUCAUCUGACCCACAUACUCACCCUACUCUGGCAAUCCAAAUUACAGUUUUUCCCAAUUGUGGUAUUUGUAUUGGAUUCACAUUUCUCAAUGUGCUUGGUGAUGGAAGAACUUUCAACAACUUCUUGAAAUCUUGGGCCUCCAUUUUUAGAUUGGGUAUAGACUCGGACUUACCUGUGUUGAACCAGUUCUAUGACAGGUCCGUGAUCUCUGACCCGAAUGGACUUGAACCAAUCUUUCUCGAAGAGUGGUGGAGCCUAAGAACUUCACAAAAGGAGUUCAUGGACACCAGUAGGAUGGGUUUAAAAGACAUGGUUAGGGCCACGUUUGUGAUGGGUCCAACCCAUAUGGAGAAACUCAAGCAAUGGAUCCGAACCCGAUCCAAGAAGAUAUUCGGGUCACCGGAUUUGCAUUUAACACCAUAUAUUAUAACUUGCGCAUUUGUGUGGGCUUGCUUGACUAAAGCUCGAGGGAUUGACAACAAAGAGGUAUGUGAAGAACUUCACUAUUUCGGGUUCAUAGCAGGUGGAAUUACCCGAUUGGAUUAUCCGGUACCCACGAAUUAUUUUGGUAAUUGUGUGGCAUUUGGUCGACCAGUGACGAAGAGAAAUGAGUUACUCGGAGAAGAUGGGAUUGUGUUUGCGGCAAAAUCCAUUGGAGAGACGACUAAGAAGUUGGAUGGGGAUGUUUUGGGAGGUGGGAAGAGCUGGAUUUCGGAUGGGAAGGUGUUAUUAGGGUCAGAGCUUCAUGUUACGGUUACUGGGUCACCCAAGGUGGAUCUUUAUGAGUUGGAUUUCGGGUGGGGCAGACCCAGGAAAAUAGAGGAAAUCUCAAUUGACAGGUCACGUGCAGUUUCACUUACUGAAAGUAGAGACGUGGAAGGUGGCAUUGAAAUUGGGUUAGCUCUUUCCAAACCUAAGAUGGAUGCUUUUGCUUCUCUCUUUGCCAACAGUUUUAAUGAUCUUCUGUGAUCAACCACUCUCUCUCUCUGCGUGUAUCAUGGUUAUAUAGGUCGAUAUCGACCCUUUUUAAAGUCCAAAUGAGUGAUCUAUAUCUAUUUAUUUACAUUAAUUUUAUUUAAUGUCGUUAUAUCGUGAUCGUAACCGCGACCGAUACCGCAAUUAUCAGCGCAACAUGAUAUUUUUAAAGUUAUUAUUUGAGCAGUGUAUUUUUAAAGUUUUACUUCUUGUAAUGAGCUUGACUCCCACUGAUUGAAGGGCAGUCUCAACUGGACUUCUGUCUCAAAUGUUUGAUGGAAAUAAAGUAAGAUUAUUGUUUUUUCA